AGCGUUUGCAAAUCCAUAAUAAUGAAGUUUUUGCAUUAGAAUGUGCAACAAAAAUAAUGAUGUUUUUGCAUUAGAAUGUGCAACAAUCUAGUGUAUGCAAAUUCAUAAUAAUGAUAAUGUUUUUGUUAGUGUAUUUUAUUUUAACUUAUCACCUAUGUAGUACAUAGCUUUUAACCUAGUUUAGUUUGUAAAACGCGGGCAGCUAUAUUUCUUCCAUGCUCACAGCUAGUUUAUUUUAUUUUAAUUUAUUUUUUUAUUUUGGUUUUGGUUUUUGAAAUAUUUUGAAAAGAUCAUAAAAAGACUGAUUUUUUUUUUCAAUAUCACCGUUCACCAAUGUACCUUAACCUUAUAAAAUAUUUUAUAAUAAAAGCAAACCUAAAGAUCUUCAAAACUUGUUAAAAUAAUUACAAAAUCUAGUAAAAUGUACGUUUGUCAGGAAAAAAACUUUGGAGAAAGAAAAGAUUAAUUUUUUUUUCGUUUUUUUCCCUUCCGUCACGUGGAUAAUGAAGGAUUUGCGCAUAUGAGCACAAAGAUCAACAAUAAGAGCUCGCUCAUAGGCUGUGUACAUGGUGAGGAAACUAUCUGCAAACACCCAAAUACCCAAUAGCUUCAAUGGCUUCCGCCACUGUACGGCGGAUUUCUGAAUGUUUCGUUAAACCAGAUCUCCCCCCAGAUGCAAAGCAACCAAUCUACUUCACACCCUUUGAGCUCAUCUACCUCAACGCCAACUACAGCCAAAAAGGUCUUCUUUUUGCGAAACCAUCCCCACCGGAAAGUCAUCAUUUCUCCAUAACCACUUUCUUGGAAGACCUCCGGCGUUCUCUCUCCGCCACCCUUACCCACUUUUACCCCCUCGCCGCCCGUCUAGCCACUCGGAAAGAAGAAAACCCACCCUCCUAUGUUAUCUACAUAGACCCCGAAAACAGCCCCGGUGUGAAAUUUGCUCACGCGACGGUGGACAUAACUGUCUCCGACAUCCUUACCUCUACCGACGUGACUGAGCUUCUCGACGGCAUCUUCAUCGGUGGCUCCGUCAACCACCUUAUCGCCGACGGGACUUCUUUCUGGCAUUUCAUGGCUGCUUGGAGUGAGAUAUUUAGAUCUAAACAACAAGAUGAGUAUUCCAUCUCCCGUCCUCCGAUAUUCAAAAAGUGGGUCCUUGAAGGGUCAGAUCCUGUUAUCAAUCUUCCAUUUACACACCACAACCAAUUCAUUGAUCGACCAGAUCAACAAGCUAUGUUUCAAGAAAGAUUCUUCCAUUUCUCCUCAGCUAUAGUCUCGAGACUCAAAGCAAAAGCAAACGCUGAAUCCAACACUCAUAAAAUCUCAAGUUUACAGGCAGUGUCAGCACUUUUAUGGAGAUGCAUAACGCGAGUUCGAGGCCUAACACGUGAGAGUGAAACAGUCUGUAAACUUGUUAUUAGUAACCGGUGUAGACUGAACCCACCUUUAUCCGAUGAUUAUUUUGGUAACCCGAUUCAGUCAGUGAGUGGAACAGCAACUGUUGAGGAUCUAAUGACUCGAGGGCUCGGGUGGGCUGCUUUGCAGUUACAUGAAGCUGUGGCAAACCACGAUGAUACAGCGGUGAAGAAAUGGGUUGAGUCUUGGUUUAGAAGCCCAGUAGUAUAUAAACGGAGUCAACUGUUCCAUCCGAAUGUUGUGCACUUUGGGAGCUCUCCGAGGUUUGACAUGUAUGGGUGUGAAUUUGGGUUAGGGAAAGCGGUUGCGGCGAGAAGUGGGUACAUGAACAAAGCCGACGGGAAGAUGACAAUGUAUCCAGGUCAGGAAGGAGGCGGAAGCAUGGAUGUAGAAGUUUGUCUUUUGCCGGAAUAUAUGAUGGAUCUUGAAUGUGAUGAGGAGUUCAUAAUUGCUUUAAAGAGUAACUAACACGUCUUAAAGUAGUAUAGUUAAAGUUUAAACAACCUCCUUAGUUUGUAUCCUAUGUUUAUCUUUUGAUUUAUGUUGAACUAUGAUUUUAUUCGGCAAAUAUUAUGUGUGCCAAGUUAAAGUAACACCAUAUGAAUCAAUAAACCAAAC